GGGCACCUACUUCAAUGUUUCAUUCAGGCUGUUUAAGAAUGGUUAGUAGUUGUAAAGUAGCUGAAAACCAGUUGAACUACUCCUUAAAGGGUUUCGCUCAUCGUUAUAAAUAUCUGGGCAGAGAGCAUAUAAGUGUUGUCUUUUUCCGAGAUUUCAUACUUGAUUUCUCAAUUCCAGUUUUUGUUAAUCUGAAAAGCCGUUUAGUGUCACCUACAACCACUACCAUCUCUUUUUCUUUUGUUGCCCAGCACUGCUCACGAUCGUUCGUUAGACUUUUGAUUAACCUAGAUCUGAUUUGUUUUUGCUCUUUAUCGUGCUUGGAGCCAGGUGGGAUGGGUUUACAAGAAUCUUUUAGUACAAUAGACUUAUUAGGAAUCCAUUCGUUUUUUGUGACCCUUUGGUUCAAAUCACUAAUAGAUGUCGCUGCUGUUUCCAUAGCUGUUUGUCUAUCUUUUCAAGCAAUACCUGGAUCAGCCUCGUCUUUAGAACUGCCUAAGUGUGACCUCAGUUGUUCCUGGAAUAUACUUUUGGCUUUCUCGUCACUCAAUUCAAUUCUAAUGGGUCUUUUUAAUGUGGUUUUUCCGCAUCCACUGAGGAGCAAGCAAAUGCGUGCUCGUAUUAGAGCAUGAUCAGAGUCUAAAUAUGUGCUUUAGAAUGAGAGGCAGUCAGUCAGUCAGCUACAACGUAGG